CUAAAUGCUCCUACAUUGAGGAAGAAGAGCCAGGCUUUGGGAUUGGGCAGCGACCAGAUAGCGUAACAACCCCUCCUCCUCUCUGUAGAGAAUUGCGUUAAAACGAAAACGAAAAGGCCUGCGCUUUAUCUAAAUUACAGGCUUUUUUCCCUUUUACUCCAUAUAUAUUAAACGAGGACCCGUUGCUGGCUGGUGUAUGUGUUUAGAAUGGGACUCGCUGAAGGUCCAGUCAAAGAAAAAGACAGUUAAGGAUGCAGGAGCCCAACAAUGGAUUUCUCCUUCUCUUUCAUGCAAGGGAUCAUGGGAAAUACAAUUCAGCAACCCCCUCAGCUCAUUGACUCCGCCAACAUCAGACAGGAAGGCACCUGCGACACCGGCAGUGAUCCAGGCGAGGAUGGUGGUCCCUCCUACGAUGCUGCCCUUGAUGCAGAGUUCUCCUACCCGCCGUCCGCCUCGGAGGACAUGUCGCAGGUCUCCAACGGCUACCCCCCCGGUCUGGGCAUGUACGAGCCGCAGUCCAAGUUCUCCAUGUACUCGCAGUUCCCCAACGGCUCGGCUAAUGGCUACGGGGCCAUACGGAGCUACGCAGACCACGGUCUCCUGCCGGGGGAGGGGACGGUCCUGAGAGGCCCAGGUCUUCAGGAACGACCUUUGUCUCCUGUGUCCCCCCCUCUGCCCACACAUCACCCACACCUCCAUCAUCACCACCACCACCAUACCCCUCAUCUCCAGCACCACGCUCACCUCUUUCACUCGAACCCGCCUCUUUUACAGAACCACCCCCACCCACAGAGUCCCCCGCCGCCCCCUCUGCCCUCCCAGCACCACAUGCCCCAUACGCCUCACAUCAUGACCCACACUCUCCCACCUCCUCCCCCAUUAAUCCUGCCUUCCUCCAGUCCGCCCCCCUCCCUUGUGGACAGUACCCCUUCUUCUCAGCCCUCCCUCAUCCUGUCCAACACUCCUGGGGGCGUGCUGAAGAAGACCAGCUCUCCAGAGAUCAAGCUGAAGAUCAUUAAGACGUAUCAGAAUGGGAAAGAGCUGUUUGAGUCUGCGCUGUGUGGAGACCUGCUGCAAGAGCUGCAGAAUGAGUCUCAGAAGAGCGAGGCCACUCAGAUGCAGCGCAGACAUGAGAGGAAGAAGGAGAAGAGGAAAAAGAGUGCGCGGCUGCAGCUGCUGGUCCAGGAUCAGGAACAGAACCUGGAACAGAGCCAAGCACAGUCAGGUCCCACAGAGCAGACGGAGGACAUCCACAUGGAGCCCCCGCCCACAGAAACACCCCCAGCCCAGACACAGAAGCCUCAGAAGACCGUCAUCAAAACUGAACCAAAGAUGCCCAAGGUUCCGAAGGUCCAUCAUCCAUCAGUUAUCCAAGAGACGGGCUUCUGUAAGGAGUUUGUGAUCGGAGAUCUGGUGUGGUCCAAGGUGGGCACCUACCCUUGGUGGCCCUGCAUGAUCUCCUCUGACCCGCAGAUGAAGGUCCACACCCGUAUCAACACCAGAGGUCACAGAGAGUAUCACGUCCAGUUCUUUGGCAGUGUCGCUGAGCGAGCAUGGAUCCAUGAGAAGAGGAUAGUCCUGUACCAGGGGAAGAAACAGUAUGAAGACCUUCAGGCUGACACUCUGCGAAAAGCCACAAAUCCUGUAGAGAAACACAAACUUCUGAAGCCCAUCCCUCAGCGGGAGCGUUCUCAGUGGGAGGUGGGUGUGGGCCACGCCGAGGAUGCCCUCCUGAUGUCGCGGCAGGAGCGAACUGACAACUACACCUUCAUCUAUGUUGACCCAGAUCCUCAUGAAGGCACGUCCAGCAGGAAACCCACCUACAGAGCUGAGAAACGAAACCGGCGCUCCAGCGGUUCAAUCAGUAAGAAGGAAGAGGGAGCGGUAAAGUCACCAGAAAGAGAGCAGCCGACUCGACGGCUGCUGCCACGCAGACAGUGUAGUGUUUCAAACACAGAAGACCACACAAAAUCCCCGGCCUCAAAUGAGGAGAAGAACCAGAGGGACGACCAGCGUAAGAGCAGCUCCCCGAAGCAGAACGAUGAGCGGCAGGAGUCGCCGCCACCAGUGAGGGCCUGGAAAACAGCCGCUGCCAGGAAGCUGCUGCCUCUCUCCAUCACCAUGAAGAGGCUGAACGUGGAGAUCACAAAGUGCGAUUGGCCUCUCCUGCAGAAAAAAGCAGCUCCAUCUCCCAAAAAAGAGCAAGUCGUCAUCGUCGAAGAAGAAGAAGAAGAAGAGGAGGAAGAGGAGGAAGAAGAAGAAGAAGAGGAAGACGAAGAAGAAGAAGAAGAGAAGGAGGAGAUAGUGGAGGGAGAGGCCCGGCAGCCUGACCUGGGUUACUGCUCACCGGAGGACAGCAGAGCUAAACCUGAGCCCAGUCCGGAGGAGGAGGAAGAAGGGGACGAAGGGGAGGAGGAGGGGGAGGAGGAGAGGAGAGAAUCCCCCGCCAGUCGGAGGAGUGAGGAGGGAGGAACGCAGCAGACCUCCUCUCCUGGAUCACACCACAGCAGUCCACAUGGUUCUCAGGAGCGGAAGCUGCAGCGGCGGUCGGUCAGAAGCAGGUCCGAGUCGGAGAGAUCCAACGAUCCCGUCCCCAAGAAGAAAACCAAAAAAGAGCAGGCUGAGAUGGCUCCUGAGGCGACACUGAGGACAGGUUCACAGAAAGGAGCCAGUGAGAUCUCAGACGCCUGCAAACCUCUGAAAAAGCGAAGCAGAGCGUCGACAGAUGUGGAGAUGACUUCUUCUCAGUACAGAGACACGUCUGACUCUGACUCCAGAGGCCUCAACGACCCACAGGGUUUAUUUGGGAAAAGUCUUGACAGUCCAGCAGCAGCCGAUGCAGACGCCUCAGACACUCAGUCUGUGGACUCCGGCUUGUCCCGCCAGGACAGCAGCACCGGCAAGAGAGACACCGUCUGCCAGAUCUGCGAGGUGUACGGAGAGGGUUUGGUGGUGUGUGAAGGGGACUGUGGCCGACAGUUUCACCUGGACUGUCUCGGUCUGACGUCCCUACCUGAAGGCAGGUUCACCUGCUUGGAAUGCAGAAAUGGCAAUCAUUCUUGUUUUAGCUGUAAAGCGGCGGGCCAGGAGGUGACGCGCUGCUCCGUGUCUGGCUGUGGUUGUUAUUACCACGAGGAUUGUGUGCGUAAACUCCCGGGCACCACCAUCAGCUCGGAAGGGGGCUUCUGCUGCCCUCAGCACAGCUGCUCUACCUGCUGCUUGGAGAGAGACCUCCAGCGGGCGAGUAAAGGUCGUCUGAUGCGCUGUAUCCGCUGUCCGGUUGCCUAUCACACGGGAGACGGCUGCGUGGCGGCAGGCAGCGUCGCCCUCACCCAUCACAUCAUGAUCUGCAGCAGCCACGGCAGCACCAAGAAGAACGGCCUCCUCUCGUCCCCUAUCAACGUGGGUUGGUGCUUCCUGUGUGCCAGAGGGCUGUUAGUGCAAGACCUUACUGACACCAUAUUAAGUUCAUAUGCCUAUAAGUCCCACUACCUUCUGACUGAGUCAAAUCGUGCUGAGUUGAAAUUACCUAUGAUUCCCUCUCCUUCGUCAGCUACCAAAAAGAAUGUUGGGAAAGGAGGCAAGUUGCUGUGCUGCGACACAUGCCCGGCUUCCUUCCACCCGGAGUGUCUGGAGAUGGAGACGCCGGAGGGGGCGUGGUCCUGCAGUGAUUGCAGGGCGGGGAAGAAGCCUCACUACAAACAGAUUGUCUGGGUCAAACUGGGCAACUACAGGUGGUGGCCCGCGGAGAUUUGCAACCCUCGCCUGGUGCCAUCAAACAUUCAGAGCCUGCGUCACGAUGUUGGAGACUUCCCCGUCUUCUUCUUUGGCUCCCACGACUACUACUGGAUCAACCAGGGCCGCGUCUUCCCCUACGUGGAGAAUGACAAGAACUUUGUCACGGGUCAGAUCAACAUCAACAAAACCUUCAAGAAAGCUCUGGAAGAAGCUGCCCGGCGGUUCCAGGAGCUAAAGGCCCAGAGGGAGAGCAAGGAGGCUCUAGAGCAGGAACGCAACUCUCGCAAACCUCCCCCCUACAAACUCAUCAAGUCCAACAAACCAGUGGGGAAAGUGCAGGUGCACGUAGCUGAUUUGUCAGAAAUCCAACGAUGCAACUGCAGACCGACAGACGAGCAUCCGUGCAGCCUCCACUCUCAGUGUCUCAACCGCAUGUUGCAGUACGAGUGUCAUCCACAGGUGUGUCCUGCAGGUGAGAGCUGUGAGAACCAGUGUUUCUCCAAGCGGCUGUACGCAGAGACGGAGGUGAUACAGACGGACGGCCGCGGCUGGGGCCUCAGCACCAACCAGGCUCUCAGGAAGGGUGACUUUGUCACAGAGUAUGUAGGAGAGGUGAUUGACUCAGAGGAGUGCCAGCAGCGAAUCAAACGCGCCCAUGAAAAUCACGUGGCCGACUUUUACAUGCUCACCCUCACCAAGGACCGUGUGAUCGAUGCUGGCCCGAAAGGGAACCCGGCUCGGUUUAUGAACCACAGCUGCAGUCCAAACUGUGAGACACAGAAGUGGACGGUAAACGGAGACGUUCGCAUAGGACUCUUCACCCUCUGUGACAUCGAGGCCCAAACAGAGCUGACGUUCAACUACAACCUGCACUGUGUGGGCAACAGGAGGUCGUCCUGUCACUGCGGCUCAGAAAACUGCUCGGGGUUCCUCGGGGUGCAGCCAACGAGUGCUGUGGUGAUGGAGAAAGAGGAGAAGGCCAGGAAUGCCAAGCUGAAGCCGAAGAAGCGGAGGCUGCGUCCGGAGAGCAAACACUGCCACGAAUACUUCUGCUUCUGCUGCGGAGAGGGAGGCGAGCUGGUGAUGUGUGACAGGAAGGAGUGUCCCAAAGCAUACCAUCUGCACUGUCUCAACCUCAACAAGCCUCCUUACGGACGUUGGGAAUGUCCGUGGCACGACUGCAGUGUGUGCGGCGCCCCGGCAUCGUCUCUGUGUGACUUCUGCCCUCGCUCGUUCUGCCGGGAGCACGAGGAGGGGGCGCUCACCUCCUCCUCCCUCGAAGGCCGUCCCUGUUGCUCCAGUCACAACCCCGCCAGUCCCCUGGGCUCCAACUCCAGUCUGACCCUCCCCCGCCGCUCCGCCCUGAGCCCCGUCAGCGUCAAGGAGGAGCCGGAGGAGGGCGAGCCGGCUUCAGAGUGACACCUCAGCCCCCUCAAUACCUCAUCCCCCUGAAAAGUGCGCUCCUGGGCUCUGAUCCCCCUCUGUCCCGAAGCAGUGACCAAAGGGAUACAGUGAUUUUUUUUGACCAGUGCGAUGGGUGAGUCGAUGAACAGCUCCACGCCGUCAGUGGCAGGCAGAGCGAUUGGAGAGGACCAUCAUGAUGCGCCCGUUCCCCUCCUCCCUAGCCAGAAAACACCUCUCACACUCUCUACAGCUCUCCUCCGCCCAUCAGAGGGCCACCACCUCAUUACGUGUUACAGCUGUUGAAAUAGAAAAUGUUAUCACAUCGUCAAAUACGGCACCUUGCAGAAACUCAAAGAGCUCUGUGGAGGGAGGGGUGGAGAGAGGAGGGGUAGGGAGGAAGAGGAGGAGUGUGAAGCUGCUCCUUGUUCACCUACUGUAAGCCGUGAUCGGCGUCUCCCACAAACCUCCCCCUCCCCCCACCCCCACAGCCGAUCAUCACUCCAGACGUCAUCGCUAUUAUCUCUUCUUCUUCUUCCUGGAGGAAAAAAAAAAGGAGGAAAUGAUAGAUUUUGUGCAAUUCUUUUCAAAUACACUACAUUCCAACCUUCUUUAGACAUGGUUUCAAUAUACUAAUGGAUAUAGAUGAAUAUAAGUAUAUACAGUAUCUAUGUUUGUUAAUGUUUACAGACAGAUUCUCUCACUUCAUCUCGGUGAGUGGUUGUAUUAUGUUUGUUUGUUUAGGUGUUAAACAUUACGCAGACCUCCUUGUGAAAAUAGUCCUAUUAAGGUGAAAUAUAAUGGUGUAUAGUGUAAUGGUAUGACAUUACAGAAGUACUUGUGAUUUUCAUAUUGCCAGUCUCACUCGCCAUUGUGUACAUAAUUGGCUCAUAAUAUUGUAAAGUACAUAAAGAUCAGGAGGGACGGAGCCUCGCCUCUGGUUGUUCCUGGAAGAAGGAAACGCUUUUUUAAAACAACUAGACAAAUCCUUUUUAUUUUGUUUUUUCGAUAAAGUUCAGUCCCCUCAUUUCCUCCGAGCAGUUAUUUGUAUUGUAGAUGGAGGGGCUCAGCUUGUGAUCACUGGUGCUGUCUAAGUAUUGUUAUCAGCCUUAAGCUUGGUUCUGGCUGUAGAAAGUGCUGCCCAGAGUGCAGUCCAUUUCAGUAACGUCGUGUACUGUGACCGCUUAGAUGCUUAUUUUUUUUGUUUCUGUUUUUUAUUUUGCCAAACCUUUCUGAAAAAGCACUUUUACACAGCUUGUCGCUACACAAUUUAGCUAGGUCAUACAUAUACAGAAAUGUAUAUCAAAAGAACAUAAGACAAGUGUUUCAAAAUGGAUACCUCUUCUUCUUGUAGUAACGUCGGAAUUAAAACUGUGUUGUAACUUUUUUUCCUCUCGGUCAGAAACGUUGUGAGUUGCUGGAAAGGGUUUUUUGAAGUCUUUGAGCAGAGUGGCCUAAAUGAUGCUGCUUUCUUUUGGCACAAGUAGGAAAGACUGCCAGCAGAAACUGCUUUGGACAGAAAUCGACGGUGUCCGUGAGAGGCACAUUUGCAUUUUCCACCUGGAAAACAUCCUAAAGGCUGGCUGUUAUCUAGAGACGUAAUGGUAUGACAACAGUCCGGUCCAGUACGAUGUACAAAUACAAACUUCUGUACAGUGUUUCUAAAUCUCCAUCUGUCAAAUCAAAAUGUUUUGUAUUUAUUGCACCACAUUUUAUACCAGUUUCAUUUUCAAUCACCAGUGCAGUACUUUGUCUCGCUCUCGACCACGGUGUAAGUGAAAUAGACUAUUUAAAAAAACCAUGGGGAGUUUUACAUUAUAUAUCUGUGUUUGAUCAUUGCAUAUGUUCUCUGUUAUUUUACAUUUGGUGUAAUGAUUCCACACUUUGGUAACAGCCGCUGCUCAUCGCCCUGUACCGCGACUCACUGUAAUUAGUGUUAAAAGCAGUGUGAAGCAGUUAAAUAUGGGAAUGUCAAGUUUCAGUUCAGUUUGUGUGUUCUUUAAAGCCUGGACUUAAGGAACGGUAAACUUGAUCACAGCCUUUUGCUUGUGAUUCUGUUUGUUGUAUGUUCUGCCCUUAAUACUCUUUAUUUCUUCUUAAGCCUCCCGACGAGCCACAGGGAGAAACUGUGCCAAUUUAUCUAAAACAUUUCAGUUCAUUCAGGGUCUUCUCGAGUGCAGGGAGUUUAUUCACUCAGUCUCCAGUUUAUUUGGCACACGGAGUUUAAAAUAAUAGUCUUACACAACUGUCAAUGCAAUAAAUCUACCUUCAUGCACAUUAUAAUGUUCAGUUUGGGUUAAAAGCCAGUUUAUAAAGGUGUUGAUUAAACUGAAUGAUCCUUUUGGAAGAUGUUGUUUGUGCUAAUGUUGAGUUUUUACUCACUGGUGUUUGUAAUAGGUCUUCUACUCUCAUUUAUUCAAACCUAAACGAAACACAAAAUGAAAUGACUCUUCUGUGUAUAAUGCAAUACGGUUUAACAGCACCACAUCAUUCAAAAUGAUCCCUUUAUCUAUUCAACAUCUCGUAAAAGGUUUUUAACAACAACGGAACAUUAUAACCUUUAUGAAGCUGGGGUUUAUUGCAUUGACCGUUGUAUUCGACUGCAUUAGUUUUAUCUCUGUGUGCCUAAUCGUGUGAGUGCCAAUUGUGAGGAAAAAAGCCGAAGGAAAGGGUGAAUAGGGAGCCAUUGAAUGCAGAACAAUGAGACAAUUAUAAGCAUGAUUUAUGCUAGAAAUAUGAUACAUAUUUAAUCCUACACAGUGAAGAUCAAACACUUAAGUACCAUUUAGCAAGACACAUUUGAGUUUAGAAGGACUUUAAUAUGCUAAACAUAUGCAAAUAAUUAAUUACACAUAGGCACUAAUCUUGGGGAAAAAGCACAUAAAAAAAGCUCAAACUUCCUUCCUGCAUCUUCAAUGCCUUUAAAUGACAAUGUGUUACAUUUAUAUUCAAAUUCUCUCCCGCUUCUGCAUUCAACCGCUGCUUUUCUUUUGUCUUCCUGUUAUUAUUUACCCUUUUUAGGAAGCCUUUUUUUUGUCAAUUUCUGAGAAAGAGAUUAAACUUGCUUAUUACUUGCUGGUCCUAAAUGUGAGAGGGAUGCAUUUUUGUUUAGGAAAUGGUCCAAAUGUUCAGUAUCAGGUUGGUGCGUCAUUAGGCUCAGUUAAUUUAAUAACUCAAAUCGGUCUGUGUGUCUAAACUUGAAUAUCCUUUUUAUUUAUUGAUGCAUUUUAUUUUUCUGUUUUAUAUUCAGAACGCAGGCAUCCUUGACUUUUGUGUUUGUGUCUUCAGAGAAAAUGUCUGACUGAUAAGUUGUGAUUAUAUAACUGGUCUUAAAGCCCUUUUUAUUUUCAAAGUGACAGUUCAGCUGAUGGCAUGCUUCAAACAUCAGACACUGGUUUAAUCCACUUCAGUUGGAACAUCUUUAAAUGCCUGAUUUGAAUAACUAAUGUUUGGUUUUUCUGUUCCUUUAUUUGUUUUUUACCAUGUUGCACAGCGCAACAGCCUUUCUUUGUUUGCACCUGCAGAUCGCACGAUCAUAAUUACUUUGUGCCAGUUUGUCUCUUCUGCCCUUUGAGCUGACGCAGCAGUGUUACCUUUGCUCCACUUAAGUGUCCCAGCGCGCAUCGUUUCAUUCUCUUAAAAUAAUCUCUGAAGUUUUGUUGGUUUAUCGUCAUAGUAGUGCCCACAUUAGUUUUUUAAAGAGAUAGCAUGUUUGUCUGAUUUAUGUGGCCCCUUAAUACGCCUAAAAGGAUUUUUCUAAGUGUCCAGGAUUGAUAUUAUUUUUUUAUAUACACUUACAUUUAAGAUGCCCCCCACUUAUGUAUGUCAAAGGCUAUGUUUCAGUUCACUGUGACGUCUUUUGUUUUUUUGUGCAAUGUUGCAGACUUUCUCUUUUAAUUGACAUGCUGUCGAAGGAGAAAAUAGUGUUUGAAUAAAUAAUAAAAUCACUUUCAUAAGCACUCAUCUCUUUUUUACUUGUAGUAAAAUUACUUACGGUAACUCUAACUGGGGUCAUAUCUAUCUCUCUUGGUGUUGCUUCAAUACAAAUGUGGAUGAACACAAAAUACCAUGUUGAUUACUGUUCGACCUGUGUUACUGCAUACUGCAUAUUGUUGAAGAACUUGUAAAUAGUUUGCAUUGAACUUGCAUAGAAUCAUGUUACUGUGGCGUGCUCUUUUUGCCUGUAAAAUUCUGCUUCUAAAUGUGUGUGACUGUUGAGACGACACUCUUUUUGUACAUGACUGUCUUUUUAUUUGAGAAUAUUGAUUCUGUCCUUUUUCAUUCUAAAGUUGAGUUUGAAGAGUUCAGACAUGCCUGAAGUUUGACUUUAAUAAAACUGUACUCUGUCUCAGUGAACACUC